ACGCCUUCAGUGCAGCAGAGAACAUAAUUGAGUAGAGCAUUGUAAGUUAAAGGACUAAAUCUGGUCAACCAUUAAACGGCCUGAAGGAAUUAUUGCAUUUUCCAUGAAUAAACUGUCUGAAAAGAGUGUAAAGUUGGAGCCUUAGUGACUGGGAACAACAUAAUGCUUGACAUUAACAUAUAAUUUUUGAGGAAACUAUAUGGUGCAGUCAGUACAGGACAAUCCAAACAGACAGGAAAAAAAAACUUCUUAAGAUGGAGGAAACAGCCAAAAUAUCCACAACCAUUCCAAACAGCAAAGAGCAAUCUGUUAAGACAGAAAUCAACCCGAGAUGUGUUGUCUUUACAUAUUUUCAAGGGGACAUCAACAGUGUCGUAGAUGAACACUUCUCUAGGGCUUUGAACAAAGACAAUAUCCCGAAAGACAUGAGCACGAAAAGUAAGAAUGCAGAUGCUGCAAUCAAAAAUGAAAAGUAUAUGCCUCCUGCUAUGGGAAAUGCUCCUCAGACUUCCUGGAUUGGAUCAUAUCAAGCACCUCAGCCUCCACCUCCACGAAUAGCCAGUACUGGUCAUAGUCUACCAGUGCCUUCGGAAUACUACCAACCUACAGUUUUACAAGGCCAGCCUCCGCAGCUUCCAGCUCUGUGGCCCUUCUCACCAGAUCCCUGCAGUGUCUAUCACCAUCCUUUGACUGACCCACCACUGGUACAGGGUUCAAUACCAGAUAGGCACUACACUUCCUUGCUCAGCCUUUUACAACACGAUAGACUUAGUCCUGAAUCUAACAGUGGCACUGUCACAACAAAACAAGAUCUUUCGCCCAGCUGUACAACUGGUACACAGGAACUGUAUUCUGUGGACCAAGGAUUGCAUCUUGAUCGAGAGUUCCAACCUCAAGACAAGAGAAAAGACAUAUACUGGUAUUAAACUGGAGCAUCUUGCAUGGAUUUAGGAUGAUAAACUUUUGACAAUGAAGUCUAUAUGCUGGAAACAUCAUGAAUGUAUUUGCUAGCUCUGUUUAGCUGGUAGUCAUCAAACCUCAGAGUUUCCAUUACACUGGACACAACAAUUAUGUGAAGAAGAUAUUGAUAACCUCGAGAUAGUGUUUCUGCAACAUUAUAUGUAUCAAAAAUUACUCAUUUGUGAGAUUUGCAUGCCUGCAGUAUUAUUUGCAAGAAUUAAGGGCAAGCUAAAUCAGGUAUUUAAUAACAUAUAUGAACACUUUCUAUUGCAAAUUUGAAGAACAGUCUUCUGAUUUUCAGCAGCCAAAAAAUAUUUUCAGUAAAUAAAUGAUAAGAUACCUAUGAUAUUAUUCACUUUACUUCAAUUCAGCAAAAGGACUUACAGCAAAAGGACUUAUACCGUUUUCUUAAUCUGAGAAUGUAUCCGCAAUGACUAGUGUCACUUCAACAUAAUGCCGUUAUGUUAAAUCCGAUGAACUACAGGUGUUAUUAUAAAGAAUCUAUGUUAGGUCAUUUGGAAAGAAGCAGAUAUUGAAUUAAAUGACCGGCCUGUUGUAUGCCAUCUCUCUGUUGUCCACAUGAUGACUUGUCAUUUGGAUAUUAUAGCCACAGUAUAAAAAUUGUUGUAAUAACUGACAUAAGCAAUUAAUUUUCUGAACAAUGCAAAUGACUGUAACCUUUUCAAUCAGCAAUAUGUUACAAACCACGUCCCUAUUUUUAGAUUUUAUAUUCAAACUACCUUAACAAGCUGUAUCUCAUGAUGAGUUUCACAACCCUGAUUUGCCAGUGAAUUGCUGAUGGUAAAGAUGACUGCACCGACUUAAACAAGCCAGUGGCCAUGUUGCUGGCUUUAUGCCUCAACCCAAUGUCUUCCAGGACUGUACAGUUACUAGUGCAGAAGAUGCUGUGCAUAAGCAUACGUUUAUCUAAUGAUAUUCUGGUUCUGAGCAAUGAUGCGCUCCCUUAAUGACACUGCAUGAAUCCAAUACAUAGUAUCUCACCAGCAAUCUCCAUACCAACCCAAUGUCUUCCAGGACUGUACAGUUACUGGUGCAGAAGAUGCUGUGCAUAAGCAUACGUUUAUCUAAUGAUAUUCUGGUUCUGAGCAAUGAUGCGCUCCCUUAAUAACACUGCAUGAAUCCAAUCCAUAGUAUCUCACCAGCAAUCUCCAUACCAACCCAAUGUCUUCCAGGACUGUACAGUUACUGGUGCAGAAGAUGCUGUGCAUAAGCAUACGUUUAUCUAAUGAUAUUCUGGUUCUGAGCAAUGAUGCGCUCCCUUAAUGACACUGCAUGAAUCCAAUCCAUAGUAUCUCACCAGCAAUCUCCAUACCAACCCAAUGUCUUCCAGGACUGUACAGUUACUGGUGCAGAAGAUGCUGUGCAUAAGCAUACGUUUAUCUAAUGAUAUUCUGGUUCUGAGCAAUGAUGCGCUCCCUUAAUAACACUGCAUGAAUCCAAUACAUAGUAUCUCACCAGCAAUCUCCAUACCAACCCAAUGUCUUCCAGGACUGUACAGUUACUGGUGCAGAAGAUGCUGUGCAUAAGCAUACGUUUAUCUAAUGAUAUUCUGGUUCUGAGCAAUGAUGCGCUCCCUUAAUGACACUGCAUGAAUCCAAUCCAUAGUAUCUCACCAGCAAUCUCCAUACCAACCCAAUGUCUUCCAGGACUGUACAGUUACUGGUGCAGAAGAUGCUGUGCAUAAGCAUACGUUUAUCUAAUGAUAUUCUGGUUCUGAGCAAUGAUGUGCUCCCUUAAUGACACUGCAUGAAUCCAAUCCAUAGUAUCUCACCAGCAAUCUCCAUACCAACCCAAUGUCUUCCAGGACUGUACAGUUACUAGUGCAGAAGAUGCUGUGCAUAAGCAUACGUUUAUCUAAUGAUAUUCUAGUUCUGAGCAAUGAUGUGCUCCCUUAAUGACACUGCAUGAAUCCAAUCCAUAGUAUCUCACCAGCAAUCUCCAUACCAACCCAAUGUCUUCCAGGACUGUACAGUUACUGGUGCAGAAGAUGCUGUGCAUAAGCAUACGUUUAUCUAAUGAUAUUCUGGUUCUGAGCAAUGAUGCGCUCCCUUAAUGACACUGCAUGAAUCCAAUCCAUAGUAUCUCACCAGCAAUCUCCAUACCAACCCAAUGUCUUCCAGGACUGUACAGUUACUGGUGCAGAAGAUGCUGUGCAUAAGCAUACGUUUAUCUAAUGAUAUUCUGGUUCUGAGCAAUGAUGCGCUCCCUUAAUGACACUGCAUGAAUCCAAUCCAUACUAUCUCACCAGCAAUCUCCAUACCAUGGUUGCUUACUUAUGGAUAGUGAUCGAUCCUUCCAUUCCUUGAAGACCUCUGUAGGCUCCUCACGACAGCAAUCUUGAAUCUUGAAGAAAGAUAUCCGACAUCUAGCGAGUUCUGUGAGUCUUUCCUGAUGACCACUAUGUUGAUAACCAAAUGACUUACAUAUUAAUACUGAAAUGUUAUAAAACCAAAAAAGUAAAAAUGUCCAAGUCUACACAGCAAAUGUAAAGAUGUAUUGAAACAAACUUUAUACAUAAGUAAAGGAAGUGAACUUUGUUUCCUACGA